GCGCCAGGCAGCGAGAGCAGCAGAGGCGUGGGGCUGGCCGGGGAGCGAGCACGACAGAGAGGCAGCAGCGCGGAGUGGCAGCGGCGCUACUUUUCAAGGAGAAGACGGUCUUACACUGGAGAACCAGUGUAGGAUCUAAUAAGACUCUAGAGUUCCUGUUCACUUUGGCAUUUUUGGAAAGGAAACUCCUUCACGGCCAAUUUUGAGAGUACCGUGACCGGUGGUGGGGAGGAGGGAGUGAAAGAUGCAGCCCGACUCGGUGCGCCGCGCAGUUCGCCUCCGACGCUGGUGAUGCCCGCCGCGCGGGGAUCACCGCCCAGCAGCAGCAGCAGCAGCAGCGCUAGAAGGAGGAGGAGGUCAGGACAACAGGGCGUCGGGGGGCCGGUGAUGAUGUUGGUGAGGUCGGGAUCAUGGCAAACGGAACCGGUACUAUCAUGUUAAAAUGCGUCGUGGUCGGAGACGGUGCAGUGGGCAAAACGUGUCUUCUGAUGAGCUAUGCCAAUGACGCCUUUCCAGAGGAGUAUGUGCCCACAGUCUUUGAUCAUUAUGCAGUGAGUGUCAACGUCGGUGGAAAGCAGUACUUGUUGGGACUGUAUGACACAGCUGGCCAGGAGGAUUACGACCGCCUCAGGCCUUUGUCUUAUCCAAUGACUGAUGUCUUCCUCAUCUGCUUCUCGGUGGUUAACCCUGCCAGUUUCCAGAAUGUGCGAGAAGAAUGGGUGCCGGAGUUGCAGGAGUAUGCACCCAGUGUCCCCUACCUGCUCAUUGGGACCCAGAUUGACCUUCGUGAUGACCCCAAGACCAUUGCCAAACUGAAUGACAUGAAGGAGAAACCCAUUGCCACUGAGCAAGGACAGAAACUAGCAAAGGAGAUUGGUGCAUGUUGCUAUGUGGAAUGUUCAGCUUUGACCCAGAAGGGCCUGAAGACAGUGUUUGACGAGGCCAUCAUUGCAAUUUUGGCUCCCAAGAAAAAGAAAGGAGCUCUCAAGAGAAGAUUGGGACCCCGCUGCAUCAACUGCUGUCUGAUCACGUGAUACGUAAAACCUGGGCAUCAUUCAGCAACAAACCCUAAACCAAAACUGGACUGUGGGCAAAAGACAAGACAAAAAAAAAUGCACAAAAAAGGGACUGAGAAGGACAAAACAAGAGCUGCUUUGAACCCUUAGGGCUCUUGAAAGGCCAUAAUUCUCUCCUGCUGUCCAACACAAGUCGACGAUGCAGUUUACUACCAAAGUAGCAUAAAACCCAAGUCAGUCGCUUCUUCAAAAAGAUGUUUUGCCUCAAAAGUACCUUCUUUUUUAACCGUUUAUAUUAAUUUUUUCCCAUACAAAACUGUUGUAAGCUGUCAUAGAGAAAAAAACAAAUUAUUUCCAUGGUUUUGAAAGCUAAAUUAUCGAUUUCUGAAUCUCUCAGCAUAAAAGCAGAUGCUCAAAUCAGGAGAGAAAGCCUGCAGCUGAUGAAUGAGAGGCUGACUUCAGUGACACUGUGACAGUGACCAGGUUACAUUUCUGGACAUGUGGGCCCAGUUUUUUUUUUUAUUAUUUAAAGCCUGUGCUAUGAAGACUCCUUUAAAGACUGCAAAGUGUGUCUACAACUGUUUGUCAUUUGAGGAGAUGACACAAAUGAGUGAAAUGCUGUUCAGUCAACACAGUUUGGACCUGGGACUGGAUUCUUUUAAAGUUUUGGAGUCUUGCUUUGCCUUAUAAAAACUCCAUUAUUUUAUACAAUGGCAUGCCAAAACAUAGUGUAAAAAGGACCGGGGCUGAGAGGUCUUCAUCCUGAACUGAAGAGGUCUAUUAUCCAUUUUUAAAAUAUAUAUUAUCCAGAGUUUAUGAUUUUAUAUCUCUAAAAUAGAGAUGACGUAGUCUGCGCAGAUAUUAUUUUGUCCACUGCUUACUUUUAUGUUUCAGUUUUGUUAUCCUGCAAUAAUGUGUUAUCCUUUUAUCACCUUCAAGAAGGUUUAGAAGAGAGAAGAAGGGAUCUCAUUUUAGAAAUGAAACUCAUUCAUAUCCAACGUCCAAAGAAUCAAAUGCAGACUUUCAUCAAAUCGGGUGGCUAAGGUGACCCAGUACUGUACAUCUAAUGCACAACAUGAAGCACAGUCAGCGCCGCUUCAUUUCCCCAGCACAGCAAAGCACAUUCCCCUGCUUUUAAACACUGUCCCUCUCCCAGAAAAAGGCUGAUUGAAGCACAGAACAUGCACACUGUUCCAUCAGGCACAAGUAUGAGCAUAGCACACCAUUUUACCACGCACAAUCAUAAUCCAUCAAGUCUUGAAAAUAUUUACGAAUAUCAGCUUUUCGUGAAAUACGAGGAAGACGCUGACUUAAAGGCUACAAGAAGGAGUUUGUAACUGUUUGCACCAGCUGUUCGGAAGUCAAACUUGGAUUAGUGUUUCCAAGUGGAGAGUUACACAAUGCUAAUUUAAAGUGGCUCGCCACAGAAACUAGUUCUUGUGUUGAGAUUAGUUGUAUAAUUUGUAAUAUUUACAUCGUGUAACAACCAGAUGUAGCUCUUGCAUAGUGAACCACUUAACUGACCGACCAACUGACAAACAUAACAUUAGUUUCAAGUGAAAAGUAAAAGAGGUAUUUGACCUGACAUUUCAUAAUGUUAAUCAUUAUGUAAUCUUAAACUGUGAGGAAUUAGAAAAAAACAACACAUUAUAUCCAAAAUUACAGAAUGUUAAGCUAUCACUUGGUUCCAUAAAACUUAUUUUGGCAGUUGUGUUUGAUUUUACACAGAUGUUUGUUCCCCUCAAAAAUGCCCCAAACACUGACAUUAUUUUAACCACAUGUACAAUUUCCAUCUGGAUUUAUUAUAUUAUCAAUGACAUUAAUGCAUUCUAUCAUGUUGAGUCUGUGAAUAAAUUAAAUACUUAAGUCUAAUUAAAGUUAAUACAAACUUUCAGACAUAAACCUUCUGUCUUUAGGAAGCUUAAAUAAAAUAAGCUUAUAAUAAUAAACAAUAAUAAAAAAAAUGUUUAUUAUUCAAGCAUUAUACAUGAAACUAAUGCAUUUCAAAUUAAUUAUCCUGUGUCCUCUAAUAAAUCACACUCAAGUUCUUUCAUUUGCUGAACGUGAUAAAAAAAAGAAAACUCGAAAAUGUGACCCUUGACAUUGAGCUUAGGUAAUAUUAGAUUCAAAGUUUAUAUGAAAUCAUUAUUUUUUGUGCAAAUUAUAGUUAAAUUACACUAGUCUUCACUAGUUAUGACAUUCCUUAGGUUUUGACAGUGCAACCUGAUUGAGUGAAUCAUCAUCAACCACUCAUCUGAAACUAGCUAGCAGAAUUUAUGAACAACUGGUGCAACUGGUGCCAGAAGUCCAUUCUUUAACAGAGUUUAAAAUCUUAUAAUUAAAAAUUACUAUAUUCAGAGUUAAGUCUCACAUGACAUCUGUGAAGUUAUAUAAGUUAUAUAUAAGUUAUAUAAUGUGUGGAACCAACAUCAGUUUGCCCACCAACGAUGGAAAGAAAAAAAUAGAAACAGGUUAACCAAUAGGAAUUCAUUGAUUCGUGUAAUAAAGCCACAUUGAACAACAUCUGAAUUUAAACUGAGAUAAUAUGUGAAGUUUACCAGGAUUUAGAGAAUAGUUCAAAUAUUUAUGAGCCCUGAAAACAACUGUAUGCAACAAACUUUCCAAGCCAACACAUCUUUAACACUGUGGGUAAUAACUUGAGGUUGUGAAUGAGCUUUUCUUGCAGGCCAAACAUCAAAUAUAUAAUUUGUUCUUGUAUUUAUGCAUUUGUUAUUGGCUUUUUCUCACUUUGCUUUUCCAAAAAAGAUGUUACUCAAAGGUGCCAACUUUUGCUAAAUGGUUUCAGUUAAUUUUCUGUUCAUUCAGUUAUGAUGAUUAAUUAAAGCUUUAAUGUAAAUGGUGCUCCUCUCUGUCCCAGCCUGCGUUGUAUAAACGUUCUUUUUGAGCAGCGGAGUGGAUUGCAGUGUGAACAGCACUCUCUCUCGGACAGUCUCGCUCGCUUACGUUGUGUGAAGGUCCACCCUCAGGAUCUAGGACCUAAGUGCCGCAGCCACCAAUGCAUUUUUCCAUUGAUGCUCCUCUCUUCUCAAUAAAUGUGUUUACUGUGUUAA